AUGAAACAAUUAACAAAAGAAUUAAUUCAAACAGAUAAUAUUGAAGAUGAAAAUGAAAUUUUUCUUUAUGAAAAACAAGAUGCACAAUGUCAAAAUGAUUUAAAUUUAAUUCUUCAUAAUCGACAACAAAUAUCGACUGAAUUAAUAAUUGUAUUAUAUCAACAGCUAAUUGAUUUUUAUUUAUCAACAAAUCUUUUUCAUUUAUAUGAACAAUUAAAAUUCGGAAAAUAUAUUCAUUGA